AUGUCGCUGUCAGAAAAAGUCGAAGGCCUUUGUCGCAAUCCUCACAGUGUCUCACAGGCGCUAGCUGAGAAUCCCUCACUGUCACCUGGCGAAGCCGCAAAGAAGCUUUACCACCCUGACAACAUCUCAAUCAGCGAAGGACAUGUGCCCUCUGUGAGAAGACCAGCAACUGAGGAGGAGCUCGAGCGCGCAUUGCAAUGUGGAAAGUUCACCACACCACCAAGCGAGUUGUUCUUGCGCGUAUUCCAUGACAGCUUAAUGCCGCUCGAACAUGAUCCUCUCAUGGGAUGCUGCAGUCCCUCCUUGAUUGGUUCCACAGGAACAUGUCCUCUGACCAUAGUAUCUGGGCUGCCUGAUAUCUGCAGACACAUGUCCAAUCUGAUUGCAAGAGCAGACAAGGAGGUUCUGCUUGCAACAAACUACUGGAUGGACUCCGAUGCUUCGCGACUCAUCACUGACAGUCUCAAAGAGCUCUCAAGACGUGCUGGUGAAAGAGGCGUACGAGCAGUCGUGAAAAUCAUGUACGAUAGAGGAAACGUCAAACAGGUUGUUGAAAACCACCAGACGGUAUCCGAAAAAGAGUACACUGGCAAGAACAUCCGCCUUCCAUCUGUUCAAGAAGCACCCCAUCUUGACAUGCAAGUUUUGAACUAUCACAGACCAAUGCUGGGCACGUUCCACUCCAAAUUCAUGGUUGUGGAUAGAAAGAUUGGCAUUGUGAGCUCAAACAACAUUCAAGAUAACUCCAAUAUGGAAAUGAUGUGCCAUGUCGAAGGCCCUAUUGUUGACUCUCUGUACGACACUUUCUUGAUUUCCUGGCACAACCCACUCGACCCACCUCUACCAUCCUUCGAUACACCAGCCGCUCAAGGCGGUCUACCAGCAUUCGACCAACCCUCGUUCCGUGGUAUGUUUGACGCGAAUGGCAACCUGAAUGUUCCGGAACGCGGCAACAGUCGUUCGCUGGAUCAAGUUGCGGAGGACGGAAAACGCACGGAAUUGCCAUUGCAUGCUCCAGGUGAUCCUCACUAUGAUGUAGACAUUGCAGCUGAGGUUACUCGUAUGCAAUCUGUCAUGUCACCUCGAGAUGGUGAGACUGGCCCGGAAGUCGCAGCCCGUCAUCUCAAUCGUGGCAGGCGUCUAGACGUCAAAGCCACGAUCCAAGGAGAGUAUGCCCCUGGCGAGGAGAUGACGCCCUACAUCCCACACAAGGUGCAUGAGCUCGUUCCGAUGGCAGUGGUCAAUCGCAAGCCAUACGGCGCAACCAACCACAAUGGUGUGUUCAUGCCACAAAAUGAGGCAUGGCUGUCUGCUGUACGCAACGCCAAACGCGAUGUGUUCAUUCAAACACCCGACCUUAAUGCCGCGCCUCUACUUCCCGAACUCCUGGCCGCUGUACGUCGCGGAGUCGAAGUGACAUAUUACGUAUGUCUGGGAUACAACGAUGCAGGCGAGCUUCUCCCCUUCCAAGGAGGACAUAAUGAAGGCGUAGCGAACAAGCUAUACACAUCUCUCACCAAAGAUGAAGAUGCAGCGCGCAAUCUUCUAAACAUACACUACUACACCGCCAAAGAUCAGGUCGCUCCUAUUCACGACAGCUUCAAACAGCGCUCCUGCCACGUCAAACUCAUGAUUGUAGACGGACACCUCGGUAUCAUGGGCAAUGGCAACCAAGACACACAAUCUUGGUAUCACAGCCAGGAAGUCAACAUCAUGGUUGACAGCGCUGAAAUUGUCGGCAAGUGGCGUGAGGGAGUCGAAAGAAACCAGAAUACUGGCAAACUAGGCAAAGCCAGCAACGUGGAUGGCAUCUGGCGCGACGCUAGCGGUAAUCAGGCCAAGGGAGCCAUUGGUGUGGACGCUGGAAAGAUGGCUUGGGCGAAGGGUAUCGUGGGUGCCGUGCAAAGAGUCAGAGGUGCUGGAGGUUUCUAA